AGUACAUCCGUGACUCUCGGGCAGUACUGUUGUGCUGCUUCCUUACGAUUUGCGUGCAUUUUUCAUUGUACAUAAAACUGAUUUUGCGUGAACUUUCAAACGGUUUUACGGAUCAACUUAAAAGAAUUUAUUCUUAUUCUUUACUUCCUUCCCAAAAUCUUAAAAUAUUUUUAUUACAAAAAUUCCUCAUUUUGAACGAUUAAAGAUAAUCGCGAGAAAGCCGUGAAUUAUGUGACAAAGUGAAGAAAAAUUCCUUUGAGAUUAAAAAGGAACUAUUUUUGGGAUUGAGGAAUUUUACAUUGAAGAAGAGUUUUGUGAUUGAAAGUCUGCCAAGAGCAUAAGAAAAAAGAUUAAUAGUGAAUGUGAAAAGAUGAUGAGAAGAAUUUUUGUGCCGAAAGACUAAAAAAAUUGUUGAAGAGAAGAAGAAAUGUGACGAAUUUUGUGACCACAUUAAUUUUUUUCGAUGAUAAAAGUUCGUUGUGAUUUGUGAGGGAUUUUUUUUGGGAAUUCAUUUGCGUGGACUCUAAUGGAGAAUUCAGCCUACGGAUCGGCACAUUUGCCAUCACCAGCCCUCGUGGUAUUCUCUCAGGCAGCUGGGGGACUUGGGGAAGCACUGAGGAUACAGCGACCAUUUCAUUCUCAACUUCCAGACGCAAAGGAUUUGCAUCACUUUGCUUUGGGGAGCUAUGGGGCUCAUUUGCUACAUGGUUUCCCCCCACAUUUCCUGCAUCCCCUCAAUCCGGCCGUGAGUACAGCCGGUGGCGCCAAUGGGAGCCCUUUUGGUGGCGGUGGGGCCUUUGUGAAGCCCUUCCCGUCUAAUCUCCCCCUACCAUCGGCAUUUGCACCGCCAAAAUGCGUAGGACUCACGGGAUUGGAACAGAAUUUCUUACAUUUGCAGAAUAUGAUGUUUCCCAGUGGUGGGGAAUCCUUCCGCACGGACUCAUCGAGUCCUGCGUGUACAUCACUUUCGCCUCCGGUUAAGGAGGAAUCCUUGGAGGGACAUACGAGUGAAGAUGGUGAUCGUGAUCGAAUUUGCUCGCCGGAAAGGAGCCCUGAGACACCGGGAUUUCGACCAGCCCCGAAGACAUCAAAUGGGGUCGAACCAUUAAAUUUACGUUUGGACAAUGGAAUUCAUCCACUCUACCGCCUUCCGCAUGCUUACUCACUAUCCAAAAGAUACUUCCAACAAGGAAUUGGCGGUGUGGCUGCCAAGAAGACACCAUCAAUGGGAACACCCCCACUUCCAAAUUCCUGCCCCGUGUGUGGUGUUCAAUUGUCGCCGAAUGAGCUUGAGACGCAUUUUCUCACUGAACUCGAUCGGCUGUACAAGCUGAGUACACCGGCUGAGCGUCAGCGGUUGCGUGCGACAUUCUCUCUGCCAGGUAUGGUUGGAUCACCGGGACCAGAUAGUCGUUGGGAGACAUUCCAUCGUAUCCGGAAUAAUCGACAGAAUCGCCUCCGAGCAAAGACGCGAAAGCGCAAAGGUGACUCAGAUUCAGACUACUCCCCAACACGUGGCCCCAUUCUGCCGGGGCAGUGUCAGUCGUGUCCUGUGUGCCAUGGGAGACUGCAGAGGACCCCCGAGGAAAUUGCUCAGCACGUGGAGGAAUGUCUCAAGAAGAGUGGAGCUCAAACGGCUGUGCAAGAUGAAGAUGAGACUGUCGAUGUGGAGGGAUAUGCUGAUGAUACAUCCAGCAGUGCUGGCACAAUUGCCUCCCACAACAACAACAAUGUGGCCAAAAUGGUGGAUUCGAGCCAUCAGAAUACAGGAUCUUCAUCUUUGUCAAUCCUAUCACCCCUAACACCAACACAAAUCCCCCCACAGCUACCCACGUCGACUCCUUCACUGCCCAGUAGUCAAGCAGAAGAGGGUGCAAUCUCCAGUUUAAGUUCCUGGGACAGAAAGCAUCGCAUGACUACGGCCAACUGUACAAUGACUUCCGUUGCCAAUCAAAUUGUCUCGCGCGUUACCCCAACAAGUUCCAAUCAACGUGUUGAUCUUGACUACGAUGCAGAUCGUGAACAAGGACACACGGUUGAGAUGGACAACGAUGAGGAUGUUGUGGUGGAUAAUACAGACGAUGAAGAGUGCAUAAAGAGGUCCCGAAGUGAUAAGCGAGACGAUGUGAAGAAUAGCACCGAGGAAGCCACUUCAUCGGUAGAAAUUGACUCUGUUAGUGAUUCAAAACCACCAAAAGCUCAACUAGGGACCACUCCGGAUUCCUAUGUAAGCACUUCCGAAUCAACGGAACCCUCAUCGCGUGCACAGGUGCUAGAAGAGCUUAGAGCACGAAUUCGUGAACUCGAGGGGAGCCCCUUUAAAACACGCACCCCCCAGGAGGAGGAACACUACAAAUGCUAUAUAUGUAAGGAGCCCUACAAAUCUCCCGUCAUAUCAACAAUCUGCUGGCAUGUCCACUGUGAUGAAUGCUGGAUUACAAUAUCUGACGCCAAGAAAUCCUGCCCACAGUGUAAAUUCAUCACGACGACCAAUGAUUUGCGAAAGAUUCACGUCUAAAUGGUGCAAUAGAGUGUGAUGGAGAAAAAGGACGGAUUCUCUUGCCAAAAUAGCCCAACUUUAAGAAGAAUUUCAAUGUCAGAUACACACACUUAAAAUACUAGAAUCUUUAUGUAUUCCCCCUUCCCCCAAAUAAUAUUUUAAGUAGAUAAAUUAAAGAAAAAAUAUCAAUGUAGUGUGGUAAAGAGUCAAAGACGAAAGUGAAAAUGAUAUCACGUUAGAAUUUAGAGUAAUAAAAGUACAGGGUGAUGGAGAUUUUUGAAAGAAGUUGGUGUCUCCAAAUAAUAUUCUCUAAGUUCACACAUAAAAUAUUUCACAGCUAAAAAUUAAAUAAAUAAUUUUAAAUACGACGCUUAAAAUGAGAUUUGGAACAUUUAAGUAAACGCCAAACUAUAAAAUAGAAACGUCAAAAAUGAGAAAUCUAAUGUCAUAUAAAAUGUCAAUCAUAUAAAAAUAAUUAUCAAAAGUUCGAAGGAGAUCAACAAACCUUGGAAAAGAAAACGCAAACUUUGAAAGAAAA